AGAUAUUUGAAUUUUUAACUGAAUUUAAUUUUUAAAUUAUAUCUGAAUCUGUAUUAUAUAAUUAUUUGUAGUGUUUUUCCAUGUUAAUUUAAAUCAUCUAAAGUUAAAUGGACACCGAAGAUACUGUCCAUGAGAAUGAUGAACCAUCUCCUUCAGAAUCCAUCCCUAAUCCAAAUUUAAAGGGUUCAGAACCCCCAAUUGAACACAUGUUAUAUAUUUUAGGCGGAUAUAACUUGGCUCCUACCCCUUUGCCUACAGAUUUGAUUUCACUUUGGUCAACUACUGACAUUGAUACAAAUCAACCUUGUGAAUUUUGUAAUUAUAAAACAUCUAAAAUCAACUUCCCUAUAGUGGACAUAGAUUUUAAGGCUAGAAAAAUCAAUUUUGUAUCAUUAAGGAGAGCCUGUGAAAAGUGCUACAGAAUUAUAGACCUAAAAGGCCUUUUAAAUUUAGUAAUAGGUAGUUUUAGUGAUAAAAAGGAGGAGUUUGCAGUAGCAUAUAACCAUUUUCUUACUAUUAAUAAACUAAAGGAAACCAGUGAUAAUCCUCAAUCUGGAUCCUUAAAAAAACUUAGCACUGAAAAUAACAUUAUUUUCCAAGAUUUAGUGUCGAUGGCAUACAGCCUAUACUUGAUUAUGAGCGAUAUAAAUUGGGAAUACUGCAAGAAUGAGGAAAAGCUUGAGAAUACUGUCUAA